AUGCACCGCAUUCGCAAUGACACACCACUCAGGGACAUUCCUGGUCCUUGGCUUGCUUCGUGCUCGCCUUUGUGGAGAUUCUGGUACGCCGUGUGUAAGAGUAACUACCAUCACGACUUGACCAACCUCCACCGCAAGUAUGGAAACAUUGUUCGCAUUGCUCCUAACGAAGUCUCUGUCUGGGACCCUGAAUUUGUUUCUGAAAUCUACUCUCACGGUGAAAAUGUCUAUCCCAAGUGUGACAUGUACGAUAUCGCCCUCCCCAACGGUUACUUCAACCUUGCUGUUGAGCGUGACAUCAAAACCCACACUCUCGGUCGUCGUGCUAUUGCCAAGGAUUACAGCAUGACCGCCAUCCUCAAGAGUGAGAAGUACUUCGACGCCGUCAUCAAGGAUUUUAUCACUGCUCUCGACAAGAAUUUCGCUCAAACCGGCAAAAAAUGUAACUUCACCGUUUGGUCCGAGUACUUCACCUACGACAUGAUUACAGAUAUUGUUUUCGGAAAGUCUUUUGGUUUCUGCAAUGCCGCUCGCGACGUUGAGGGUGGACUCCGCGAUCUGCGCCAGAUGCUUAAUUUGUCUCCAUUCUUGUCUUACCUUCCUUGGAUCUGGCCCCUCACCCAACUUGAAAUUGUCAAGAAGACUGGAAUGAAGCACUACGCCAGGUGCAUGGUCCGCGAGAUCCAGAAGCGUGUCACUGAAGGGAACCCUACUGGUCGCCAGGAUCUGCUCCAGGGUCUUAUGGAAGCACGUUACCAGGAUGGCCACGCUCUCCCACUGGGAGAAAUUACCAACCACGCCUACAUUUUUGUCUUGGCUGCUCCUGAUACUGCAUCCGUCGCUCUCCGCAACAUCAUCAUCAACUUGUGCCGCAACCGUGAUGUCUACCAGCAGCUUAUGGAUUCCCUUCUCGCCUUGAACACUGCCAACCCGACCUGGAAGGAUCUCCAAGAUAUCCCCCUUCUCACUGCUGUCGUCAAGGAAACCCUCCGUCUCCACCCUCCCGCCGGUUUCUCUCUUCCUCGUGCCGUCCCCGCUGGUGGCCGCACCGUCUGUGGUAAAUUCCUCCCAGAGAACACAACUAUUGGAAUGAGCGCCUGGAGUGUCCAUGCAAACACUGAAUAUUGGGGCGAGGACACCCUUGAAUUCAAGCCUGAGCGCUGGAUGGAUCCUAACCAGAUGUACAAGCUUGAGCGUCACUCCCUGAUCUUCGGCCAGGGAUCCCGCCAGUGCCUUGGAAAACACAUUGCCCUGAUCAACUUGGUGAAGGUCACCGCUCAGAUCCUCCUCAACUUCGACUUCGGUCUUCUCAACGAGCAGAACAUCAAAGAAGUCUUCCUUCUUCUUGUCGUUGUUGAUGGCAUGGAUGUCUGGUUCAAGCGCCGCGCUGGAGGUCCUCUUGACGAUACAGUUGGCUCUGAGUCUGAGAAGCCUGCUGCCGCCACAACUGGCGCCUAA